CGCCAAGUGUUGUUCGCCUUCACACGAAAACAAACGGAAGACGUUACCUUCCCGGAAGAAAACUUCUCUCGAUUUUUUUUUUUCAUUUUACCUGUCUUUAUGGGCUUUUGAAAGGCUGCGCAGCGGUCGCAAAGAUAAUAAUGUUACUGAUGAGUUAACAGAGAAGAAGUGAAUACAGAAGAACAAGGAAUAACAAAGUUUUAAACUAUGGCGGAAAUGCCCGUUGUAAUUACUUUGGUAGCGAUCCUCUGUAUCUCAGGUGUGGCAGGUCAGAAGUGUUACGUUUGUAAAGAUCAAGAUGAGAACACAGGAAAGUGUGCCACCACUGUGGAAUCUUGUGACUUUGGUGAAGAUUAUUGCCUUUCAGAAAUUAAGUGGGGAAGCACACCUUAUUGGCAAAUCGGUGCCCCAAUGCAGCACUUCAUUAGCAAGCGCUGUGCUACAAAAGAAGACUGUGUUCAAACCAUAAAAAAGUACAUGCCAAACUGUCUGCGAAUAUGGUGGAAAGAUUGGACAUGUGCAGAGUGCUGUAAGGGAGACCGAUGCAACUAUUACAUCACGUUAGGCUCAUCAUCACAAAACUCCAACAUGAUGUUAAUACUGGUGGCUGGAAUGUUGACAGCACUGCUGCCUCGGAUCACAUGAGCCACCACUGUAUGUCCAACUACAUAAGAGUAAAAAAAAAUACUGGUCAGUGGCACAAAUGAACCCAGAUGGAGAAAAUACAGUAUAAUGAAAGGUAAUAAGAGUAGUGUAUAUUUUGGCCUCACACAGCACCCUUCUUCAAACUGUUGAAGAUGCCUCGGUGUGAUACCAAAUUAUGCAGUACUUGUCACCAAUGACAAUUUGUGUUUAUAAGAAAUGAUGUAAUGUAAUCUGUUAGUAGUCCUGGGGAUUAUCUUUUCCAUGGCCAGGUCUCGGAUCAAGCCUUCUGAGUUGGAAAAGAAAUAUUAUAGAAAUAAGGACUAUUAAGAAGCAUGUAGGAAAAUAAAGGUAUGUGUAUACUGAGUGUAAGUUAAGAUUGGUAGGAUUACCUGUCAUCUUAGGUUAUCAGGGAAAAGAAAGGAAAGAUCAGCAGUUCCCUAAGAGAGAAAAAAAAAAACUACAGGUUUAUAUGUCACACUCAUUGGACAGGACCGUAGUACCUACUUGGAUGGUUGCUGUCUACCAACCUAUUACCUACUGUGGAACAAGAAGGCAUAUUACAUAUCCAUUAAAAAAAGAUUAUUCAGGGAUACUUUGUGAUUUGCAACCAAUUCCAUCCAUUACUCUAGUGUAUACUAUAAUUAAAAGUGAGUCCUGUAUACUGUAUGUACAGGUAUCUCGUAUAUUUUUAGUAUUCAUUUUUAAAAUAAUGUCCAUAAUAUUUACCAUAUUUUAUUCAGUUAAUUUUUGUAUAAUGAACCCGUGUCAUUUGUAAUAUUUACCAUAUUGAACAGUUUUUAAAACUGUACAUUAAGAUUUAUCGCAUGCAAUAACUGAUAGACUGAAAAGUUUUCAAAUGCUGACUAGCUUUUACUUUUAAAUUUUUAAUGGGAAUUAUGAAAGUAAUUAAGAGUUUCCAGUUUACAUAUUAAGGUAUCACCAUAAUUAAUUUAAUGUACAGUAUUGUAUUUCUGUAUUUAAGGACUUCACUUAAAUAUUUUUGCUAAAAUUUUAAACUAGAUAAAAAUCUGAUAUAGAACCUAAACUGUGUUGCUUAAUCUUUUAAGUAUCAAAGGGGUAAAUAUACUGUAUUGUAAUGUGAAAUACUACUUGUUUAUGCUAUAUUAAAAAGUAUAAAUUUUAUAUUCUGGCAUCAAAGGAAUAACAUUUUUAAAAAGUGCCUUUUUUUUUUUUUUUUUUUUUUUUUUUUUUUUGCCUUGAAGUUAGUGUAGACCUACACUAUUACACUUGUACCUAACAUUAUUAUUAGUAUAUCCUAAACCCAUAGGGAACAUACAUCUGGGGGAAAUGGGAAGCAAUUGGGUUUGAUCCAAGGAAGGGGAGGUCAAGUUCAAUUUUUUGCAUUGAGAGCCCUUCACUUACAUAGGAACCUCCCUAGAGGGUACCUUAACUGUGGGAAGUUAUUGCUCAUAAAUGUAAGGGUGAAGGGUGCAUGAUCUGAGGAAUUGAAGCUAUCCUUCCCUUCCUUGGAUCAAACCUGAUUAUCUCAUUUUGCAGGUGUUGUAUGGCCCUUAUGGGGUUGGUGCUCCUUGUCAGUAUAUAAACUAAUUUGGGUCAGGCAUACUAGAAUCAUCUUCCAGGUCAGCCAUGGUCAGUGUUUGUGGUUUUCUCUGAAAAUGUGUUAUUUGCUCUUGCAAGACUUUAAAUUUAGCUUUGCAGCAACUGGAACACUUUUUCAAAACACUAUACUAGUGUGGUACCUGGAUGCUGGUGAAGAAUUUUUGAUCCAAGAAAUUGGAGCUACACUUUCCUUACUUGGAUCAAACCUGAUUACUUCCCAUUUCCAAUUCAGUGCAUGAUCCUUGCAAAUUUAGAAACCCCCUAUGAAUAUAAUGAUGUACCAAUUUACAUGUUUUUUAUUAUAUAAUAUAAUUUUGUAUGCAA